CAAGGAUUGUUGAGAAUCCUCUCCGCUUUCUCAGCCCCCAAGACCCUCUCAGGUCCCUGAGGGCAGUGGCUGCUCCUAGCAUACCCCCUCCUCCAAACCUUGGCUUCCCUCAUUCCUCUCCUCCAGACCACCCUCCUGGGUCCCCUACAGGUGUAAUCUUGGUGCUAGUGGUCGGUUCAGGCAGGCAGUGCUAACACUGUCUCACUUGGGAUCAGCCCUUGGAGCACCUGAGGCCAGUGCUCACUUCCCUGUCAGGGACUGCUGCUUUCCUCCUGUGAGCAUAUUUCUAUCAGCUGCAUCAGAAACCACCAGGCAACAGGGUGAGACACCCACCUCAGCCAGAGGGUCUCUGUUUUCCUCAACCCCUGGAUCUGCAGCCAACUAAAGCUUCAGGGCCAGGAUGAAAGGAGAGACCCCUGUAAACAGCACCAUGAGCAUUGGGCAAGCCCGGAAGCUGGUGGAGCAGCUCAAGAUCGAAGCCAGCAUGUGCCGGAUAAAGGUAUCCAAGGCAGCCGCGGACCUGAUGACCUACUGUGAUGCCCACGCCUGUGAGGACCCCCUCAUCACCCCUGUGCCCACCUCGGAGAACCCCUUCCGGGAGAAGAAGUUCUUCUGUGCCCUGCUCUGAACUGCAGCACCCCCGCCGCCCUCGAAGCUGCUCCGGGUUCCCAGGCUGAAGCCCACCCCGCGAGGGCAUCAGAAGCACAAGUCAGCCUCCCGCCCCAUCUCUCCUCCCACCCUAGACAGCUCCAAGCAGGGCGAGGCCAAGGGGCACUGCCCCUGAGCCCGGGGCGCAGGCCAUGGAGGGGGUUCCAGGGAGGGGAAAUAAAAGCACUCGCUCUCGGUCCGA